GAAGCCUUUCACUGCGCAGAGGCGCUACAGCAGCUCAUCACAUGAUUCUUCUCUUGUGACAAUCCGAACAGAAAGGAAAAGCCUUUCCGACUUCCAGCUGAGUUUUGCUGAGCUGCGAUGACAGAUGACUGUUGUUUUGGUAUCAGAGGACCAACUUUAAGGAGGGAAAUGGAGUUGAGUUAACCAUUACCAGUCACACUCAGAUCAUUCCCGUCUCUGAACUGGACGUUUGGGGUUGUUGCGCCGCCCGGGGGACAAAGUUGGCGCAUGGAGAGGGACGAAGUUUCAUUUUUGCGCAGCGUAUUUUCUUUUAUUUUGUCGCCACUGAGUGCUAGCCAACCUCCCGUAGCAACGAACGCCAAGUAGUUCAGUUUCGACCCCCUUUGUGUGCAUGUUUGUGUGGCUGAUUUGAGGUCAGACAACGAGACAAGUUGAGGACACGUUACGUCGGGCGAGAUGGUGGACAGCAAACCUCUUCUCCAGGACAGACCGCCCGCCUACAACGCCGUCCCGGGUGCUUACGACUACGGCCCGCAGCAGCAGCAGCACAACUAUGGGGCCAUCCCCGCUGCGGCCCCGCCGCCCUACGCGUACCCCGCUGGUCAAGGUUACCCAGCAGCCCAGAUGCCCCCUGCUGUAUCCCAGCAGCCUUACCCUGGGACUUACGCCAUCAUCCAACCCUCUGUAGUGGUGGUGGGAGGCUGCCCUGCUUGCAGAGUUGGUGUCCUCGAGGAUGACUUCACUUGCCUGGGGAUCCUGUGUGCCAUCUUCUUCUUCCCCUUGGGUAUCCUCUUCUGCUUUGCACUGCGUCAGAGAAGGUGUCCCAAUUGUGGCGCCACCUUUGGCUAGGGGGACCAAACUACAGCUCUCACACGCUUCCCAUGCAUAUACACACACACACACAUACACACACACACACACACACAGAUAAUCCAGGAUUUUCAUUUUGUUUUCUUAUCUUUUGUUAAUAUUGCACAUUGCUGUUAUGCCAUUAUGUUAUAUAAAUAUACGUAUACAACAAACGACGUAGAUAUUACCAUGAUUUUCUAUUAGAGGCAUGUGUAGAAAUGUGUUUUCAUCCGCGAGCUGAGGAUCUACUCUGACAUGUGUCCAGCUGUUGUCAGUGCCUUCACUACAUGCUGAGUGAUCAUUCGAUUCCAUCAGUCAUGAUUUCUUUCGACGAUUUUGCUCUUUAUCUGAGGAUCUGAGCAGAUUCCUUUGUUUUGCCAAGUCACAUUUAAUCAAGGCAUAUGUAGUUUUUGUUUUUGCCUGGCCCUUUUUUUUGUGGGUUAACCUUGUGCUUAGUUCACAUUGCACUCGAGAUCUUUGAUGAAUUAGCUUUUUGUUUUUUUUUCUAAGAAGUUCUUUUGUUCCUUAUUUGUAUCACGUGGAAUGACACAGAACAUGUUAGAGAUGAAUAUAAAUCCCUGGAUAUAAAGUGUUCCAGCUGAAACCCGAAUCAGUGGACUUGAAUUAGAGUUUUGUCUGUUUUUGUUUGUUGAUAUCAUUUCUUGGGGCCAUAUUUGCACUGAACGUCUGAUUGUUUUUUUUUUUUUUUCCUUUUCUACUGAGUUGCGCUCUCCAGGGCCAAUGCAGACCUCAGGUAGAUAUAAUCUGAAAUGCCCACGACUUUACAACCUCAACUGCGUAAGACUUCUUACUUUAAGAGGACACUCAAAGUCAAAGUGAAGACUACUCCUUUAAGAGUUACUUCAAGGAAGCAUGCUGAAUUUAAAAAACUGAAGCAAUCUAUCAAUAAUGUGUAUAAUAUCUGGAUUUUCUCUCCGCGACAAGUCAACGUGCACCAUUCCUCCCAGCCAGACAAUCAAGAAUGUUCACGUCUCUGUAUCUGCAGUAUCACCCCGUCUACGUCUUCCAUUGCAGCAGAUGUUAUAAAACUGUCCCCCGACAGAAGAAAAGGAUCUAUAACUGGAUGGGAGGGAUUUAAACAAAUAUAUCUUGCUUUAGAAAACACACUACGCACGCUGUAAUGAUUGAGGUUCUUACUUUUUAUAUGUUAUUGUAAUUAAAAAUGAAUACCAUCUA